AGGAGGGACACGACACACACAUGGACAGACGGACACAGACUCCAACCUAAAACUCAACCGUCCGGCAUAGAAUCAAAAACGGACAAACUUCUCUGAGGCUCUUCUUUGUCUACAGCCUGCUGAUACAGUUAUGAUACCGCUGCUCUCUCUGUUUCUCUCCCUCCUGGCCGCCUCAGUCAUAGCUAAAGACAGCGCCCUCCCAACCCUGAGUGAUGUCACUGCAGCCGAGGCCUUCAUCGAAGCCUCUGAGGUGGUCGUCAUCGGGUUCUUUGAGACUCCCUCAGAGGAGACUUUUGGCUACAAGGAGCUUGUGGAGGCAGCUAAGACUGUGAAGCAUAUCCCUGUGGCUCUGUGCAGCGAUAAGGAGUCAUGGGCCAAACUCAGCAUCGUGUCUGACACUAUCGCCAUCUUCAGAAAGGCAGAUAACCACCAAGACAACCUUCAGCUCUCUGAGACCAAGAAAGUGGAGGCGGACGGUCUUGCUCGCUUUAUCACCAUGAACGAGCUUCGCUACAUCACCGAGUACAACCAAGUGACAGCAGUGGGUCUGUUCCAGUCUGAGGUGAAGGCACACCUCCUGCUCUUCAUCAACAGGGGGAGUGGUGACUAUAAAGAGCUCAAGGACCGACUAGGAGCUCUGGCCCCAGAAUUUGUUGGCGAGUUCCUGUUUGUGCUGGUACACGGGGUGAAGUCCAAUGAGAAAUCUCUGGGCUACUUCGGCCUGACGUCACGUGACCUUCCCCGCGUGGGCAUUUACGACCGCAACUCAGAUAUGAAGUGGCUCAUGCCCGAGGGAGAGAUCUCCACCGAGCGUGUGCGGGAAUUCUGCCAGUCACUCAUACUAGGCAAUCUCAAGGAGGUGAAGCAGGCAGGAGAACCUGAUCCUAAAACUGAGUUGUAAAAUAAACAAAUAAAUGAAUGUAAAUAA